AUCGUCGUGGAGAGAGAUGAUAUGGGAUGUGUUGGAAUCAAGUUGAGGCAACUCGCUGGAUCAUGAAAUCAAAAAUCAAUUCUGCCACCCGGCCCGACUUUUUCCGGCUCACCGCGCUCAACUAGCGAGCCCCUUUUCUAAACGACUUUGUUUAUUUUCUUUCGCGACACUGUUAUUCAUCGCUCUAGUAAUGUUUUUCUUACUUGUGACAGUACUUUCCGGGGCAAAAUAAAACUUGUUUUAAUCCUCGAGACAAGGCAUAACAAUGACGUAAAAUAUACGGUCAUGUCGUGCUGUCAGCUGGCCCCGGCCCGAGUGUCAGAAGUGGGGUUGGAAAAGUCGGGUUAUAAUUUUGCACCGAGGGAUCGCCACUUUUUCUUCUUUAAUAAUUGGACUUCAAAACAACGUAUAUAUUUCCCAUCCGUGACCCGUCCUCCCCGCCGUUGACUCAAAAGACCUCACCAAUCAAGAUGGCUCGUCGGAAUAACAGUGUUGGAGACUAUGAGUCUGCUGGCAUCGAGCCAACGCCAAGCGUAUUGAAGACAGUAUGGAGGUCCAAUCGAGGUGCAAUUUAUGUUGUUCUGGCUCAGGUGUUUGGUUCUUCGAUGGAUGCUACGGUUCGGUUCCUUCAGCAAGGAGGAAAUAGGAUGCAUCCUUUCCAGAUUAUAGUCGCUCGUAUGGGCAUCACUUGUGUACUGAGCAGUUUGUACAUGUGGUGGACAAAGGUGCCGGAUUUCCCAUUUGGAGAUCCGAAGGUCCGGAUAUGGCUGGUCCUACGUGCUUUUUUCGGGUUUGGUGGGCUCUUCUGUUUAUACUACUCCGUUCAUUACCUUCCACUCGCCGAAUCAACAGUGUUCAGAUUCUUGGUCCCCAUCGUCACAGCCUGGGCAUGCUCCGUAUUCCUUGGCUCGACCUUCUUCAGAAAAGAUCUCAUCGCUGGACUCGUAGCCAUGAUUGGAGUGAUUUUCAUCGCUCACCCAGAAAGUAUAUUCGGGAAGGUGGACGAUGUCAUCAAAGCCAGCAAAACCGGGACAGUUGACGAUGUGACUCCUACUCAGCGCCUCAUUGCCAUUGCCGCGUCGCUACUUGGUGUCAUUGGCGCUUCAGGCGCAUACACCAUGAUUCGCGUCGUCGGAGAUCGAGCUCAUACACUGAUGUCAGUCAACUAUUUUGCUUUCCUAGGAACCGCCAUUUCAGCUAUUGCGCUGCUCGUGGUUCCAGGGAUCGGGUUCACUAUGCCACAUGGUGCUCGCGAGUGGAUUCUCCUCACGCUUCUGGGUGUUUUUGGUUUCAUUCUGCAAUUUCUCUUGACGGCUGGGUUACAGUUGGACAGAAGCAGUAAGGCCACCAGUAUGCUAUAUACCCAAGUACUGUUUGCGCUGUGCUUCGAUUGGGCUAUUUGGGGAGUAAUUCCUGGCGGUUUGAGUAUUCUUGGUGGAUCGAUUGUUAUUGGUAGUACCUUGUGGUCUGCUCUGCACAAACCUCAAGCUGCAUCUGAUGAGAAUGCGAAGACGGCGAUAAUUGAUGAGGAGAGUGCAUUGCUAGGGGCCGAAACACAGGGCGUGGAUCGAAGGAGAGAGAGUUUCAGUGCGUAGGAAAACGGUUGUACGAGCAAUAUAGCAAGAAAUGUAAACAGAAGUUCCUGCUGCAAGUCAUGAUUUUAGUCCGAAUCUACAUUUCCAC